UAAUUAAUUAAUGCCGAGAAAAUUCUGGAGCCAAGAACGAUUCUUCCUCCUUCUAUCUUUCCGACCAUCACCACGUAUAAAUACCACUACUUUCCUCUUCAUCCAAAAUCCAAACAAAGCUAAAAACAAACACACUUAUUCUUUCUUUCUUUCUUGUCUUUAAGGUCAACAACAUAGUUAUAGCACAAACUUAAUUCACCAUGGUUUUUCCAAAACCCUCUUCUGAGUCUGACCUCUUUCUUUGUUCCAACUUUGCUUCUCGCUAUGCCAGGGACUCUCUUCCCAGGUUCAGCAUGCCAGAGAACUCCAUGCCUAAGGAGGCUGCGUACCAAAACAUUCACGAUGAGUUGCAGCUUGAUGCAAUUCCAAAGCUGAACUUGGCUUCUUUUGUGACCACUUCCAUGGAAGAAGAGUGCAACAAACUCAUCAUGGAAUCCAUCAACAAGAACUAUGUUGACAUGGACGAGUAUCCUGCCACCACUGACCUUCACAAUCGAUGUGUGAACAUGAUAGCACGUAUGUUCCAUGCUGAGAUCGGAGAAAAUGAGAAUGCAACUGGAGCAGGAACAGUUGGAUCAUCAGAGGCCAUAAUGCUGGCAGGGCUUGCAUUCAAGAAGAAGUGGCAGAACAAGCGCAAGGCAGAGGGAAAGCCUUAUGAUAAGCCAAAUUUGGUGACUGGUUCCAAUGUGCAAGUAUGUUGGGAGAAAUUUGCAAGGUAUUUUGAGGUGGAGUUGAGGGAAGUGGAGGUCAGAGAAGGCUAUUAUGUCAUGGACCCUGCCAAAGCCGUUGAACUUGUUGAUGAGAACACUAUUUGUGUGGCUGCAAUCUUGGGUUCAACUUACAAUGGAGAGUUCGAAGAUGUCAAGCUUUUAAAUGACCUGUUGCUAGAAAAAAACAAGCAAACUGGAUGGGAUACGCCUAUUCACGUGGAUGCUGCAAGUGGUGGGUUUAUUGCUCCAUUCCUAUAUCCAGAGCUAGAAUGGGAUUUCAGACUCCCAUUGGUGAAGAGCAUAAAUGUUAGUGGCCACAAGUAUGGGCUUGUUUAUGCUGGCAUUGGUUGGGUUAUUUGGAGGACCAAGGAUGACUUGCCAGAAGACCUUGUCUUCCAUAUUAACUACCUUGGAGCUGACCAACCCACCUUCACCCUCAAUUUCUCUAAAGGUUCUAGUCAGAUCAUUGCUCAAUAUUAUCAGCUAAUUCGCCUUGGCCAUGAGGGAUACCGUAGCAUAAUGGAGAACUGCAGAGACAAUGCAAUGGUGCUGAAGGAAAGUUUGGAGAAGAGUGGACACUUUAACAUACUCUCAAAAGACAAUGGUGUUCCUGUUGUGGCAUUUUCUCUAAAGGACAGAAGCCAGUACGAUGAGUACAAGAUAUCAGAGAUGUUGCGUCGCCACGGUUGGAUUGUGCCGGCAUAUCCAAUGCCACCAGCUGCUCAACACAUCAAUGUGCUCCGUGUGGUCAUCAGGGCUGAGUUUUCACGCACCCUUGCUGAACGCCUUGUGUUUGACAUAUACAAUGUGCUGCAUGAACUUGAAAAGCUACAUCCCCCCAAAGUGACCAACUUCAUUAAGGAAGAAAACAAGGCCUUGGUUGAAACUGGUGUCAAGAAAACUGCAUUGGAUGCACAUAGGGAAAUCAUUGCUCAAGAAUCAAACAAGCGUCAGAAAAUUAUGGCUGCCUAACUCACUAUGUCAACUAAACAAGGAGCCAGAGCCUUCGCCAUAUUUGUUCUAACUCCAUUCAAAAUCCACCCUUAACUAUAUUCACUUUAUUCUUUUCCUAAUAUUUUGGGCAAGUCAAUUAGCUAGCUUUAGUUUGUUUUCCUAUGAUUUGAUGUCAAUUGAGAUAUGUAAUUCAACAUUGAUGUAUUAUUUUUAAAUGUUUCACCACAUUGAUUUUGUAGUGAAAGUUCAGUUUUUGUUUGUUACUA